AUGCAUGACCCCUCGCUACUCUCAGUAAUGCUCCUCCUCCUCUUUGCAGAAUCGCUCUUCUUCGGGGCGUUCUGCGUUCUCUAUAUCUUCUCCCUCUGGGUCCUCGUGUACCGGCAGCGCCGGCAUCGGCGCUCGGCCCAGAGUUUCUGUAUGACUGCCAUCGUCACGAUCAUGUUCCUUCUCUCGGGACUGUACCUCGCCCUUGAUAUCCGAUUGCUCAUGAUAGCCUACGUCGAGCAUGGCGGGACACCCAACGGGCCUUCCGAUUUUCUCUACCAUCCAGUGAAUGACCCCUCUCGCAACGUACACCCGGUCAUACUUGCGGUGAUGACAUUCAUAGGGGACGGGUUCAUGACAUAUCGUAUCUAUGUAGUGUGGAAGCGGCAAUUGGUCUCCCUGGUAGUGCCCGCCCUCCUCCUUGUUGGCGAUCUCGUCGCCGCUGCAUUCACCGCCAAGAGACUGCUCCAUGGCUCGAGAGCAUAUUACUCCAUCCUCACGCCCAGCGCUAGCCCAGAACUGAUCGCUUACUUCUCGAUGACACUGCUGACGAACAUAGUCACCACGCUUCUUCUGCUUGGGCGAUUAUGGUGGCACGACAACAGCGUCAAGAAAUACCGCACUCCAGGGGCGUCUACAUCAGUGCACUGGCAGGUUAUGAAGACGAUCAUACAAUCUGAAGUCGCUUACUCCGUUGGGGUAAUCCUCAACCUUGCCGCAUAUGUGGCCCACUCCAACCUCGCGAUCCUCACCAGUGCGAUCAUCCCGCCGCUACUUGGCAUAUCGUUCACCUUGAUCAUUACUCGGAUUGGGAUCAGCGAGAUGUUGGGGGAGGCUUCGGACACGCACCCAACGUUGGAAACUCAGGCAGUACAGCUCAACGAACGCGGGCGGCCGUUUCCACCUAUCGCCGUCAAUGUGUUCAUUGCUCGGACAGACGACAGCCAGGAUACCGACGCACCUCACGAUAAGACCGGGCCUGCCGAUGACGAGAGCCUUGUUGAAGGAGCCCAGGCCCACACACGAGGCUCCUUCGUGUAG